AUGCUCUCUCUCCACCCACAAACCGAAUCCAGUAAUACAUACAACAAAUUCAUACGAUCGACUAAUCAACUCUCAAUCUUCAUCACCAUCCAAAUUCCAGGCAGCUGAAUAAGCAAAGCCGAAAGCCGACGAGAAUGGCGGAGGCGCUGCCGAAGGACUGCCUGUCCCACGUCAUCUCAUUCACUUCUCCUCGGGACGCCUGCCGCGCGGCCCUUGUCGCCGGGAUUUUCCGCCUCGCAGCGGACUCCGACCUCGCCUGGGAGAAAUUCCUGCCGUCGGAUUACCGCCAGAUUAUCUCCAAGUCGGUUGCUCCGGUGGAGUUCUCUUCCAUUAAGGAACUGUUUGGCAAGCUUUCAUCUACUCCGCUCCUUAUUGAUGGGGGGAAGAAGACAUUUUCAAUUGACAAAUACACAAACAAAAUAUGCUACAUGUUGAGCGCAAGAGAGCUCUCAAUCGCUUGGUCCGCCAAUCCUCUUUGUUGGUGUUGGAAGCCCCUCCACCAAUCCCGAUUUCCUGAAGCUGUUGAGCUUAUAAUGGUGUCUUGGCUCGAUAUACGAGGAAAAAUCAACACCAGGAUGCUAUCACCAAACACGACCUACGGUGCAUACCUAGUUAUCCAGAUUGCUAAGCGUGCUUUCGGGUUGGAUGCUCUGCCGUUCGAGGUUUCAGUUGAAGUCGGGGAUUAUAAGACACAAGGGAGGAUUUGUAUGGACCGCGAGGAGUGCAAGAGUAUGGAAACGUUGCAUGAAGGGGAAGAACGGGUGCUUCGUGCACGCGGUGACGGAUGGUUGGAGGUGGAAUUAGGAGAAUUCUACAAUAAUGGAGAUGAGAAAGAGGUGAAAAUGGAAUUUAAAGAAGUUGAGGGUGCGCAGCUUAAAGGAGGACUUGUAGUUGAAGGCAUAGAGCUUAGACCCAAGAACUGAUUAAAUUGUGUAGAGUGAAAAAUGAAAAUAAUUUUUGCUCUUUGGAGGGGUCAAAAGGGAAUAUUUAAAAGAUAUAUUUGUAAAUAAAUAAGAAAUGUUGAUUCAUCUUCUUGUGGUCUUUCUUUUAAUUAAUUCUUUCUGUGUGGUUUUCUUUUA